AAUUAAAAAAAAAGUAACACAAAUUACUUAAAAAAUCUAAAAUGCUUCUCAGAAUUUAUUUUGCAUUCGAUCGAAUGGCAGUCUCUAGCGAAGUUUGUAAGAAUCAAAGUCAAGAAGAUGGUGAUUUUCCAAAAGCUCGCCAAAUAUUCGGUCUCAUGGGAUUUCUGGGAUUUAUUGCUGUUUUCUCAAUGCGAUCUAGUAUGUCCAUAGGAAUUGUUAAAAUGGUCAAUCACACAGCCAUUCCUCAUAUCAAUUCUGCAUCAAGUGAUCAUACAUGUCCCACAAAGUCAAAUAUUACAACUCAUCAACAAAAAUCUGAAGGUGAAUUUAUUUGGGACGAACCAACUCAGGGAAUUGUAUUGGGAUCCUUUUUCUAUGGAUACGUUGUGACACAAAUUCCCGCUGGUCGAAUGGCCGAAAUAUAUGGAGGCAAAAUGAUUUACGGAAUUGGAGUUUUAACUUGUGGGAUUUUUACAAUUCUCACACCAUUUGCUGCACGUUGGAAUCUUUUGGCAUUGUUGGUUGUACGUUUCGUUGCGGGUUUAUGUGAGGGUGUGACAUAUCCAGCAAUUCACGUAAUGAUGUCUCGAUGGAUUCCUCCAUUGGAAAGAAGUACGUUCUCAGCUUUUGCUUAUUGUGGUGCUUACAUGGGACAUUUUAUUUCAUCUCCACUCGUUGGUUGGUUGUGUUCUAUGGAGUUUCUUGACGGUUGGCCACUUGGUUUUUAUGUAACUGGAAUGUUUGGUUUGUUGUGGUUUGGUUUUUGGAUAUGGCUAGUUUAUGAUUGGCCAAGCACUCAUCCUAGGAUUUCAUCCAAAGAGUUGACUUAUAUCGAGAAAUUUGUGAAACUAAGACAAGAUGAAGUUGAAGAUGAAGAAACGAACACUCCUUGGUUCGAAAUUAUGACUUGUCUACCUUUGUGGGCCAUCGUUAUAACACAAUUUGGUUGGCUGUGGGUAUUGUGUGAUCUGAUGUUGGAAUUACCAACUUAUAUGCACGAUAUUCUCAAGUUCGAUAUUCAAUCCAAUGCAACAUUGAGUGGUCUUCCAUCUCUCGCAAUUUUUGUAAUCGGAUACAUUUGCAGUACAUUGUCGGAAUUGAUUCUGAAAAAUACCAAAAUAUCUUUGAUAAAUUCUUACAGGCUAUGGAACUCUAUUGGAAUGGUUAUUCCAGCACUUGGUUUAAUUGGAGUUACAUAUGUCGGUUGUAAUGGAUUUUGGGCAAUGUUUAUGUUGGCUGGAUUAGGAGGAUUCACUGGAGCAACUAACGCCAGCAUUCAAUUAAAUCAUAUUGAUUUAAGUCCAAAGUAUGCAGGCACACUGUAUGCUAUAACCAGUACCAUAGGAUGCAUGUCUGGAUUCAUAGCUCCUUAUGUAAGAGGUUGGAUAAUAAGUGAAGAAAACACACUUGCACAAUGGAGAUACGUCUUUUAUCUGCCAGCUGGACUUAUUUUAUUGGGAAAUUUGUUUUAUUUGAAAUAUGUUAGCACUGAAGAACAAAGCUGGUCAAUAGGUUCAAAAGCUGUUGCAAAUUGAAAAUGAGCUAUUCAAUUUUAUUUGAAAGUUAACUAAAUGGAUAUUUAAUAUAGACCUAUCUCACAUUCAAAUAUAACGACUCAUGCAUCGGUAAACAUUUGUGUAUUUUUAGUUACAAUAGAUAGGUAUAAUUUUA